AUGGUUCCUGACACUGGAGUAACGCGAGAGUACUACUUUGAACUCACCGACGUCACGGUCGCUCCCGAUGGCUACUCCCGCUCGGCAAUGGCCGUCAACGGUAGUAUUCCGGGGCCGACUAUCAUUGCCGACUGGGGUGACACCGUUGUGAUCCACGUCACCAACUCCUUGACCGAUUCGCAGAACGGUACCAGCAUACACUGGCACGGUAUCCGCCAGAACUACACCAACGACCAGGACGGCGUUGUGUCUAUCACCCAAUGCCCAACUGCGCCUGGUGAGCAGCUCACGUAUACCUGGAAAGCCACCCAGUACGGGAGCUCAUGGUAUCACUCGCACUUUGCUCUGCAAGCAUGGGAAGGUAUCUUUGGAGGUAUCAUCAUCAACGGCCCUGCGACCGCCGACUACGAUGAGGACCUCGGGAUGGUGUUCCUGAAUGAUUGGAGCCAUCAGACUGUGGACGAACUCUACAUUACCGCUGAAACCUCCGGUCCUCCAACCCUCGAUAACGGCUUGAUCAAUGGUACCAACACCUAUGAUGACGGCGGCUAUCGCUUCAAUGCCUCUUUCACCAGCGGCACUUCCUACCGCAUGCGCCUUGUCAAUGCUGCUGUAGACACACACUUCAAGUUCAGCAUCGACAACCACACACUUCAAGUCAUUGCAUCUGACCUCGUCCCCAUCGAGCCAUACAACACCACCGUAUUGGACAUCGGCAUGGGCCAACGCUACGACAUCAUCAUCACCGCCGACCAAGCCUCCGUCGCCGACAACUUCUGGCUCCGCGCCAUCCCCCAGAGCGCCUGUUCCGAAAACGACAACACCAACGACAUCAAAGGCAUCAUCUACUACGGCGACAGCGCCGACACCCCCACCACCUCCGCCUACGACUACGACGACAGCUGCGAUGACGAAACCGCCAAUAUCGUACCCUACCUCUCCAAGACCGUCGGCGACUCCUCCAGCACCAGCACCGAAGACGCGACCGUCGCCUUCAACGACGACUCCCUCUUCAGAUGGUACCUCAACAGCACAACCAUGGUCGUCGAAUGGUCGGACCCCACCCUCUCGCAGAUCCUGGCCGGAAACACCAGCUACGAGACGUCUGACGCUGUGAUCGAGCUCCCCACCGCAGACGAGUGGGUCUACAUGGUCAUCGAAACUACCUUCGCCGUGCCGCACCCAAUCCAUCUCCACGGGCACGACUUCUUCGUCCUUGCGCAGGGCUCGGGCACGUACUCUAGCGACUCUGUUACGCUGACGACGGAUAACCCUCCGCGUCGCGAUACGGCCAUGCUGCCUGCGAGUGGGUACCUUGUCAUUGCGUUUGAGACGGAUAACCCCGGUGCGUGGCUGAUGCACUGCCAUAUCGGGUGGCACACGAGCGAGGGCUUUGCGCUGCAGUUUGUAGAGCGGUACGAUGAGAUUGCGGGGAUUACGGAUAGCGACCGUCUCGAAGACAAUUGCGCUGCUUGGACGACGUACGAAGAGGAGUACAGCAUUGAGCAGGAUGAUUCUGGUGUAUAG